CCAUCACUGACCAUCGCUGUCCACCGCUGUCCACCGACGCACCGACAUCAGCCCAAGACGCAAGCUGUCCGAGUCUAAAGGUGUCAACAACCGCCCAUUCGAAUAACCACAUUCCACCCUUCACACUCCUCGGCUUUACACACCACUAUUCCCUCUUCGUUGAAACCUCCGCUCUCCCCACGAAUCACCUUCAGCCCGAUAGAACGAACCUCUCCCCUCCGGCUCCGGCUCCGAACCUCAGCUCGCGCGCGCCAUGGCCCAGUCCACCGCCCACCGCCGUCUCCUCCAGGAGUACCGCGCCCUGACGAACAACCCGCCCGAGGGCAUCACCGCCGGCCCCGUCUCCGAGGACGACCUCCUGCAUUGGGAGGCCCUGAUCCAGGGCCCCGAGGGUACCCCCUUCGAGGGCGGCGUCUUCCCCGCCGAGCUCAAGUUCCCCAAGGACUAUCCCCUCGCCCCGCCCACGAUGAAGUUCCUCGUCGACAUGUGGCACCCCAACAUCUACCCCAGCGGCCUCGUCUGCAUCUCCAUCCUCCAUCCGCCCGGCGACGACCCCAACCACUACGAGCACGCCUCGGAGCGCUGGUCCCCCAUCCAGUCCGUCGAGAAGAUCCUCAUCUCCGUCAUGAGCAUGCUCGCCGAGCCCAACGACGAGAGCCCCGCCAACGUCGAGGCCGCCAAGAUGUGGCGCGAGUGCCGCGCCGGCUACGAGCAAAAGGUCCGCGACGGCGUCCGGCGGUCUCUGGGCCUGUAGAGAGGAGGGAAGGGUGAGCGGGUAAAGACAUAGAGGUGGAUAAAAACGCAGCGUAAGGAAUCGGUGGUUGUGGUAGUGGUGGUCACAUCUUCCACAGGGAAAGAUAGGGCGCAGGAGGAACUGCGCCAAUUGAUCCGGAGACCAGCUCGCAGGGAAGGAUGUGGGAAAGAUACGGUCAGAGCGACUCGCAUAGCACGGCG